AUGCAUAAAACAGGCGGCGAUCCUUUGCUGCUGCUGGACGAAGGGCUAUGUACAUUAGCUGACGAAUUCCCCGAACUCCAACAAUGCAUACGCACACAUGAGUUAAAAUUAGCUCUGAGCAUGAAAGGGCUGAUGAGUGAUGUCACAGUCACAGGUAGAAAAUCCUCAUACGUGAUCGCUGAGGUGGUGGUGGUAUCACAGCCGAUCAAGUUUUUAUUUAAAAAGGAAAAUGCUGAUUUAGUGCGGAAUACGGAAAAGGAAAUAAUAACAAAAAUUGAAAAUUUGAUUCCUAUUGAGAUUAAAACAAAAGAAGGGCACUCUUAUAUAAUUGAAAUUGAUAUGAUGUUAACAAUGUUGGACGGCAGUGUUGGAAACGUUCUAUCAGAGACAAAUUCAACUAUGAAGUGCAUCAUUUGCGGAGCCACACCCAAGGACAUGAACACGUUAGCAGGGAUUAACCGUCCUCCUAACGUUUGUGGGCCUGAAAACAAAGCUAUAGUCGAAGCAAACAAAAAACGAAUCCAAGCAGAGUUCAGAGCCAAGCUGUCUCUAAUAGUUGACAAACCAAAACCCGGGUAUGGCUCCUCGAAUGAUGGCAAUACGACCAGAAUUUUUUUCCACAAUCCACAAACAAGUUCAGAUAUCACAGGGGUUGACAGGGAAUUAAUCGAGAAAUUUGCGAUCAUCUUAGGAGUGUCAGCUAGUGGUUGCGCUAUUGUGGAAAAGUUUGCGUCAUUGCUGGAAGAAGCAAGAAAUUUGUAUAUCCACCUUUAUAAGUGGUACAACAUGCCAAACACGGUGUCCUUUGAGGUUAUCGUGGGUGUUAGAAGACCUGUUAGGAUACAGAGCUUACAUUUCUGA